CACAAUCAGUCCUCGCGCCUACCAGUGCCUCUGUAGUGUAGUGUAGUGUUGUGUGCCUUCGUGUGUUUGGAUUGAUCAACUGAAUUAAGAUGCGAGCGGCAGGUCGCGCCGCCUCCUCAGUGGCCUCUGUGUGUGAGGAGCUCGCCCUCGCAAGGCCCUACAGUGAGGUACCUGGACCGAGGCCGCUACCACUACUGGGCAACACUUGGAGGCUGCUGCCAGUCGUAGGGCAGUACCAAGUAUCAGAUCUGGCCCGGGUGUCCAGACUACUGUACGAGCAGUACGGCCAGAUAGUGAAACUGUCCGGUCUCAUCGGUCGGCCGGACUUGCUGUUUGUGUUCGAUGCGGACGAGACAGAGAAGGUUUACCGACUAGAGGGGGACACACCGUACCGACCCUCCAUGCCUUGUCUCGUCCAGUACAAGAGCGAAGUUCGCAAAGACUUCUUUGGCAGACUACCUGGCGUUGUUGGAGUGCAUGGAGAACCAUGGAGAGAGUUUAGGACUAAAGUGCAAAAGCCAUGUUUACAAUUGCAGACAGUACGGAAAUACAUCAAACCUAUCGAAGAAGUGACGGAAUACUUUAUACAAAGGAUGCAAGAAAUGAAAGACGAUAGAAAUGAGAUGCCAGCAGACUUUGACAAUGAAAUACACAAGUGGUCACUUGAGUGUAUCGGCCGUGUGGCUCUCGACGUACGGCUGGGAUGUCUGGACCCUCAACUGUCACCGGACUCUGAACCACAAAAGAUAAUCAACGCUGCCAAAUAUGCGUUACGAAACGUAGCUAUUCUGGAGUUGAAGAUGCCUUUCUGGAGAUACAUUCCGACGCCAUUGUGGUCGAGAUACGUCAACAACAUGGACUAUUUCAUUGAAAUCUGCAUGAAGUACAUUGAUAGCGCAGUGGAGAGACUUAAGUCAAAGGAAGCCUCCUCAGACCUCUCACUACUAGAGAGAAUUUUGGUCAGUGAACCUGACCCUAAAACAGCCUAUGUCCUAGCCUUGGACCUAAUUUUGGUUGGAAUAGACACGAUAUCGAUGGCUGUGUGUUCUUUGCUGUAUCAGCUGGCUACUAGACCAGCUGAGCAAGAGAAGCUUUAUCAAGAGCUUGUAACAGUAUUGCCAACUGCUGAUACUCCACUGACAACUGCCAACCUCGACAAGAUGAACUAUCUUAAGGCGUUCAUCAAGGAGGUUUUUAGGAUGUACUCAACUGUGAUCGGGAAUGGAAGGACCUUGCAAACGGACAUGACGAUUUGCGGAUAUAGAAUACCCAAAGGAGUUCAGCUAGUGUUUCCUACUAUAGUGACAGGCAACAUGCCUGAGUUUGUGACGGAGCCAGAGAAGUUUCUGCCGGAGAGAUGGAUGAAGCAGACGGCCAGCAACGACGCCCCCCUCCACAUCCAUCCCUUCGCCUCGCUGCCGUACGGUCACGGACCUCGUAUGUGUCUGGGCAGACGGUUCGCCGACCUGGAAAUGCAGAUACUUCUGGCCAAGCUCAUCCGAAAUUUCAAGUUGUCUUACCACCACGAGCCUCUCGAGUACAAGGUGACGUUCAUGUAUGCCCCGGACGGCGACCUGAAGUUUCGGAUGGAACCACGGACUGACUGACUCUAGACGGGAAACCUCGAACUGCUAGCUAUGACAGCGUGGGAACUGUGAAAUCUACUUCAAGUUAUAAUCGCGCUGGAAUGUUUAAAAGUGUACAACAAUUUAUAAACUCUGUCAUGGGAAUGUUAUUUGAUCCUAUAAAACAUACUUCUGUACCAUCCAUCCAGAUAUUUGACGAAGUGUGUUGUAUCCCAACCCUCUGCGACCAAUCUUGGGUUCCAAUCAAGUUUGUUACUGUAAAAUAUACAUAUUGAUAGCCUAUUAUAAAACCAAUUGUAUUAACGACGUAUAAUAAAUUGUUGUGACAGUGCA